AUGGCUUCUAAGCUAGUGUCAGCCAUUCUUAUACUUGUCGUCAUAGUUCCUACAGUUGCUUUGGCAACCGAACACAUGGUUGGAGAUGACAGUGGUUGGACGAUUAAAUUCGAUUAUGAAAAAUGGGCCGAGGACAAGGAAUUCCGAGUUGGAGAUAAACUCGUUUUUAAGUACCCACAGGGAGUUCACAACGUCUUCAAAGUGGACGGUACGGGCUUUAAGAACUGUGUGGCGCCGUCGGAUAAUGAGGCUUUAUCAACUGGAAAUGAUGUGAUUACCCUAGCAGCUCCUGGAAAGAAGUGGUACAUAUGUGGAGUUGGCAACCACUGCGAGUCCGGGGGACAGAAGCUGGCCAUCAACGUUCAAGCGGCAGACCAGAAAUCAGCGGCCAACGGGAUCCUGACAUUUGGAUAUCAAGCAAUCACAUUGGCAGGGAUUGCAUUCGCAGUGUGGAUCCUAGUUUGAUUAGCGUCGACUUCACUUUGAUGAAACAGAAUUAGACUUAUGAUUUUUCUUUUUCUUUUCUUCCGUUUUCAUUUGUUCAUUUUAUUUUUUAAUUUGGUUUUUUGUUUUCUAUUCUGGAAUUAAUUGAUGGGUUCUCUUUACAAGAAUCAGUGUUACCCAAGAUUUAAAUGGCAUUAUGA